GGCUGACAUCAAUUCGUGUAAGCUCUGGAGUAUCUGUUUGGAGAUCCCACAACACUGAUUUCCCUUUCUCUAUCAGCAAUAAGCCAUGGCUGACCGAUUGACACAACUUCAAGAAGCGAUUGAUGAGCUCGCUCUUCAAUUCGUCGCAUCGCUCGUAUGGGUUAACAAGCACCAUGACUACCAAACUCUCAGCCCAACCGACAUGGUCCGAAAAGACACCAAGAAGGACGAAUCCGGCGAAGCAUUGCCAAAUGAAGACGGCUUAGAGCCAUUACCCGCGGACAAAUUUAAAGAAGGCCAGCUAGAAUUAGCACGGGAUCUUAUCAUCAAGGAGCAGCAAAUCGAGGUGCUAAUAUCUGCACUACCGGGACUAGAAGACAGCGAGACCAAGCAGCAUCAGACGAUUCUAAGAUUAGAGCAAGAACUGAAAGAAGAAGAUGAGAGGAGAAAAGAGGCUUUGAAAGAAAAAGAGGCCGUUCUGGCUAGGUUGGAGGGUGUUAUAAGGAGUGUGAAGAGACCGUAAAUCGAACGCCAUUGAUCCUUUCAUUCGAUUAAAUUUAUACCUGCAAGCUUUGGCGUUUGGGUAGGCACAAGGCGUUUAGGAAUAUGGGAGUAGUCAGAGAAAUGGGUUUUGAGGAUAGAAAAAGUCUGUGAUCAAGUGGUGGAUUGCAAACCAAGGCAGUCGAUUGUUCUCAGCUCGUUGCGUUGGUAAUAACGCACAAUAUUAUCA